AUGGACCCCUCGGAAGCUCAGUCGCGCCUGCUGCGCGAGCUCGAGUCUCACCAGAUCCCGUUGACGAGCGACGAUGUUUCCUGGGCGUUCAGCAACACCAAGACAGCGGUGCCGGUGACGGACUGGGUGGAGCGGUAUCUGGGUAAGGAUACGCUUGUGUCUCUAGAAGAAGCAGAGAUCUACAACCACCUCAAGAAGACGGGGGCCUUGUCGAAGCUGCAGAAGCAGCACCCGGAGCUCCAUACGGUGCGCCCGAGGUUCGAGGAUGAGCUGCGGGUGGAGACGGAGCAGUUGGCGAGGUCGACGGAGAUGCUGCGGCGGCAGACGGCGCAGCUGCAGAGGCAGGGCGCGAUGUUGAGGGCUAUGAAGGCGAAGGCGGGGGCGGAGGAGGAGGGGCGGAGGAGGAUGGAGGAGAGGCGGAGGAUGAAGUGGGCGGCGGAGAUGGAGAAUGAGCAGGCUGCUAUUGAUGAUCUGUUGGGGAUAUUACGGGAGGAGGUCGCUGACUUCAAGCAGAAUACGAAGGCUUCGUCUGUUGAUCUGGAGGGGGUGGAGAAGAUGCUGCGUAGUGAUGAUAGGGUUCUCGGGAGGCUCGGGCGGUUGGCAGAUGGGGUUAUCGUAAGUGGGGACGAGGGAGCUGAGGGCAACGAAGUUGUCGAAAGGGUCACAGUAUUGGUUAAGAAGCUAUCAAUGCUAUCCGCCGCCUCAUUAAAGGCCCGACUGGACCGCAUGUUCCUGGAAAUCGUCAACCCAAAAAAUAAUACCAAUUCAGCCGAUAACCCUGAUGCAGAUGCCAUUGCAGAGCUCAAGCAAGACCUGGAAAGUCUAUAUUCUGAGAUACCUUCAGUAGCUCAAAUGGCUGCUGAACAGGAAUACUUACGGCCAGUUAUCAAAGAAGUAGAGAAUGGGAAAAAGAAGGCAAGUGAAGGACUGCAGGUUGGUGGUGCAUAUAUUCGUGACGUGUUGAUGCACUUACAAAAACGCAACGCAUCUGCCGCCGAAAGGCUAAAGAGAGACCUCGCAAAAGCAAGGGCUAUAUCCCAGAUAAUUGCUACCAUAGAACAGGAGUCUAAAUCACCUCUUAACAAGCAAGCUGAAACCCCACUAGCAAAUGAUGAUCAGAAAGCGGAUACUUCUUCUAUAAGACCUGCAACGCCGGUGAAGAAUCCACACCCUUUCAAAAACAUGCCUAUUUUCACCCCACCAAAUCGCCGCCGUGGUGGAAGCCUUGGGGGAGAUGCCAGAAAUGUUGAAGAUGACCUCCCGGAGCUGAGAAUGCUCACGCUUCUGGGUGUUCCUGUGCCAUCCACCCCAGCACCAAAUGCAAGUUCUUUAUUUGCCUCGCCGGUUAAAGGUGGCCCUGCAGUUUCCCAAGAGUUGACAGCUUCGAAAUAUAAGUAUUUGGAUGCGCAUGUCCGGCAACAAUUCGAGAAGCUCCAGACGCAAGAGCAAGACCUCUCGGCUGAGAUGGAGAUCCGCGAGGCCAUCAGUGAGUUCUGGAACGUGGCCAGGAUCGCUCAGCACGCUUUGGUAUGGGCGAACGUGUAUCCUCCGCCGGCAAGAAAGCGAGGGGUCAUGUCAUUUAUUGCGGAGGACCUCAUGGAUGGCCUUGAAGAAGUUGAGCGGAAAGUCAAUGCCGUGGCGGGCAGAAUGGGCGGGCUGGGGAGAGGCUUGGAGGAGUUGCAGAGGAGCGGCGGUGACUUACAUGGGCAGGGUAGGGAGAAGAAAGCAUUUGUGGACAGAUGGGGAAGACAUUGA